AUGGCUCACCCAGAAUCACACAAACCAAGACACGAACACAGUCCAAUUAUAUGGUUGGCGAUCUGCGGGCAUUACAACUUAAAAUUUGCUAAGAUGCGGAACGACUUCCAGAACGUAGCGCAGAUCAUGCUUGAGCAAAAUUACAGUUCAGCGGGAUCUAUCCUUGCAACGAGCCUCGCUAUUAUUUCCCAAGGUUUUGGAGACUUCGCGGUGCUUCGUGGACACCAGUUCUUCGAACGGGCAAAGGUACACCUCCAGCUCGUUGACAAUCCAAGCUUUGAGCCAGCAUUUUUUCGCGCUAUCAAUAACCCUUCACUGGGAAUCGGAGACGAGCUCACUAAAGAAAACUCUGGACACUUGCGACGCUUGUACACCGAACGGCAAAUUCACCCCGAGAUGCUGAGCAUCGUUGGUACCGAACAAGUGGUCGCGCUAUAUGACAUAUGCGUGUUCGUAGAGCGUUAUGAGUAUGACAAGACUUGGUUAUUACUUGGAAUGGCCAUUAGUGUGUACUCAGUGACGUCUGUCAUUCAGGAUGGCGACAGACCCGACCCUGCAUCGGAAGACAUCGAUGACCAGGCGAGAUAA